CUAAACAUUUUUAAAAAUGAUAUGAAGAACAAAAUAAAGAAAUACUGCUGUCCGUCUGAUGUGUACAAUACCGAACAAAUUCCGAAAGAAAAUAAUAAGCCGAACCAAUCACUAGAAGCAAGAAGGCUUAACUUUUAUGCUCGCUCAGGAAAUCAAGAUUUUGGGACAAUUCCUGGUAUUCCCGAAGCAGUUUUUUCCUGUUCGGCAGAGAAAAAUAAAAAUGAUGUAUGUACCGAAUUGACAGAUGUCUCCAACUUCGUCAGCUCUUCUAAGACCAAAACAAGUACAAAUGCAAAUUCUUGGAGUUUUGACAAAGAAUGGAUGACCAAAACUUUAAAAUCGAUGAAUUUCAAAGAUAUUAAAAUAGCUAUAUCAGAACGGUUUCUACAUCUAAGAAUGAAAAAUCCACUACCGAUGAUGCGGGAACUGUAUUCCACGUUGCUAGAAGCUUCGUCUAAAGUGAUGAAAGGGAAACAAGAAAAUACACGCAAGGAAACAGAUGCUGAAGUGGAAGUUCUUACACAAACUUGUACAUGUGCUACACAAUAUAUACAGAUUAGUGACAAGACAUGCAGUUGUAUGAAAGUAGACAAAAACCUGAUAAAAGAAUUUGGUGAUACAGCAAAUAUAGAAGAGUACUCCACAGACAUAACCGAAUCCAGUGUAACGUUGAGCACAAUUUCCCUUACUGAUGAAACAAAAACAGAUACAACAGAAUGCAACAGGGUGGCAAUAGACUUCGAAGUUUCACCACGGCGUGGGAAGCCAAAGAGGAAUGUUAGAAAGAUCAAAGUAGAGUUUAUAACUAAAGCUAAUCAAGGAACAGCUACUGAUAAAGCUAAGUUAUGUGAUGUUAGCACAAUCACAAGUGAUUGGUGGAGUCCUUUGGUUGAUAGAAAACAUGGCAAGGUUCACUUGAGCAGUGGAGAAAUGUACAAAAGCAUAGAACACAGUGGACUUUACAGUGAUAGAUCGGUGUCUGCUGAUGGAAAGAUUGUCACUUUUAAGAGUCGAGCUCAAAUGAUUCCUCCUGAUAAAGGCGAUAUAUUAUCACCAUCGCGUUAUUUAUUAGAGUCACAGAAGUACUACAACGAAUUAUUUUCUCCGAAUUCUAACAUUCGUUCAUAUCCGAUGACUGGAAAGGAAAAACAAGGCCAACUAAAAGGUUAAAUAAAAAUCUUCCUCACGUUUGAAG